UUGUGAGUCCCGGAAAAAUAUUGUUAAAAACAAAUAAAAUCAAAGAGAACUGCAAAAAGUGUUAUACUAAUAACUUAUUAAAUAUUAUAUUGUGUUGUGGUGCAAUAUUUAACAAAAAAAACGAUUGAAAAAAGCUUGCAAAUAAAGCGGCAAAUAUUUUACUAAGAAAAGUGAUCCAACAAACAAAACAGCCAAUAAAGCUGAAUAGUUUCUUAAGGGUACCCCGAAAAACGCAUCAAGUUUUGGUUGCAAAGAACUAUCAAGUGUUACGCCAAACACAAGGAGAUUUAUUAAAUAAAACCUCAAUUUCAUCAGCUCUAGCAGUAGUCAAGAAUAAUCACAUCAUGAGUGGUCAUCAACGCAGUAGUGGUAAUAGUGGUCGUUUUGUUGGCAGAGGUGGGAGAGGUGGUGGUUAUGGCGGUGGAUAUGGUGGCCGUAGUGAAUAUGAUAACUAUGGUAGUGGUGGAUACAAUGAUGGCAGUUUUAACGGCAACAAUGGAAUGAAUCCUUUUGGAAAUAUGUCUAAUAAUAUGUCUGGAAAUGAUCUCAUGCAAAUAAUGAAUGCAAUGGCAAGUGGGUUUAACAUGAACCCACCACCGCCUCCACCAAUACGCAUGGGCUGUGGCGAUUUAAGAGCUCAUCAUGCUGGUAUGUUCGUAGAGCUGACAGGACGUUUAAUUAAAAAACGCGUAACACGUUUUAUGGAAUUGAGAGAUCGUGGUAAUAGUGCAUGUCAAUUAGUUGUAUUAGAAGAUCGGCAUCCACGAGUAGCUCGUCGCCUAAUUAAUAUGCCCGAGAAUACUGUGAUCUCAAUAGUGGGUUUGGUAACAAGACGUCCGCGUAGUUCUUGUAAUCAAACAAUGCCCACGGGAGAAAUUGAGGUGGAAGUACAAGAUAUACUUAACAUUGAUUUUAAUUCAACUACCAAGAGAGCUGGCGAUAAACGUUCUUACAGUACAAUGGCGCAACAAAAUAGCACCGCUAUUACCAGUACCGAAUAUAAAAUUGCUAAAUCUGAAAAUUUAUUGAAAUACUUUGAAAAUCGAGAUAUAACAUGUAAUGAUGUUAGACGUCGUGAUAUUGGCAAAGAUGUCACUUUAGUAGGCUGGGUUCCUACAAGUAAAACUAAUAAAUUUAUGCAAUUGAAAGAUGGCUAUGGACAAACACAAAUUAUAAUUGAAGAUCAAGCUUUGCUAGAUACUGUAACUGGUGCACCUGAGGGUACUGUAAUUCAGGUUACUGGCAAAGUUUUAGGUAGACCGAGGCAAAAUAUAAAUAUAAAAUACGACACUGGCGAGGUUGAAGUUAUAGUUCAAACCAUUAAAAUUCUCAAUCCUGAAGAACCCUAUGAUGGUCCAAUCAAGGUCAAAGAAAAUGUCAAGAAACAUUCUAUUAAUGACUUGGAUGAAAAUGCCGAAGCUGAGGCUGAAAAUGGCGAAGCCAAUGAAGAAGGUGGUAAUGUGAAAUCAGCUGGCUCUAGUAGUGUUAUUAAAGUUGCCGAUCUUAAUAAAUUUGCUAAUCGUACACACACUUGCAAUGAAUUGACUAGCGAUAAUAUAGGUGAAAAGGUAACAAUAUGUGGCUGGUUGGAAUACCAACGCAUGGGCAAAUUUUUCAUACUACGCGAUGGUUAUGGCCAAACUCAGGUAUUAAUAACCGACAAGACAAGCGGUUUAAAUGAUGAACAAGGCAUAACAUUGGAAUCUAUAGUAAGAGUUGAGGGUACGGUUAUUCCUAGGCCGGCGGCAACAAUAAAUCCGAAGAUGAAGACAGGUCACAUUGAGAUUGAAGCUGAUAGUGUUGAGAUACUAAAUGCUGCUAAGAAGAAUUUACCCUUUGAAGUGCGUAAAUUUAAUAGAGCUGGUGAACGUUUGCGUUUGACACAUCGUUACAUAGAUUUAAGAUUUUCUGACAUGCAACAUAAUUUACGUUUGCGCUCCCAAGUUAUUAUGCGCAUGCGGGAAUAUCUUAUAAACUAUUUGGGUUUUGUUGAGGUAGAAACACCAACACUAUUCCGUCGCACGCCUGGUGGUGCUCAGGAAUUUGUAGUGCCUACACGUAAAGCGGGUCAUUUCUAUUCACUCGUGCAGAGUCCUCAACAAUUCAAGCAAAUGUUAAUGGCUGGUGCCAUAGAUCGUUAUUUCCAAGUUGCCCGCUGUUAUAGAGACGAGGCUACACGUCCUGAUCGUCAGCCUGAAUUUACUCAGCUGGAUAUUGAAUUGUCAUUUACAAAUCGUGAUGAUAUAAUGCAAUUAAUUGAGGAAACUCUCCGUUAUUCAUGGCCCAAGGAAUAUACCAAAAUUCAAGCACCCUUCAAACGCAUGACCUACAAUGAAGCUAUGGAAAAAUUUGGUACUGAUAAGCCAGAUACUCGUUUUAAUCUAGCUUUAACCAAUGUUACCGAAAUCAUUGAGAAGAAUGAAAAGUUUGUGGAAAAAUUCAAAAAUUUAGGUGCUUACGCAUUAAUUGUACGUGGCAAUGGAGGCUUCUGGAAUGGUGUUGCACGUAAACAUUACCCAAGCCUUUCCAAAGAAUUCUCAGGCAUAUUAUUCGUGCGCAAAUUUUUGCAAUAUAAAGAUGUCAUGGACCGUUUAUCUAAUUUGUUAACUGCGGAUGUGGCAUCGGAAUUUAUUACCAAAUAUGAUAUAGAAGAAAACGAUUUAGUAUUUUUGGGUAUUGGAGAAAAGGUUGAAACGCAAAAACUAUUGGGUAAAAUUCGUGUUGACUAUCACAACUUUUUGAUUGAAAAUGGACAAACUCGUAAAAGUUGCGAUAACAAAUUUGUGUGGAUCAUCGAUUUUCCAAUGUUUGAACUGAACCCGGAAUCUGGUAAUUUGGAGAGUGUUCAUCAUCCGUUUACUGCGCCCCAUCCCGACGAUAUGGAAGAUUUCAUAAAUUCGAAAUCUGAAGAUUUAAUAAAAAUACGCUCUCAAGCGUAUGAUUUGGUAUUGAAUGGUCAAGAAAUCGGCGGUGGUUCCAUACGUAUACACGAUCGUGAUAUGCAACAUUUUGUUUUGGAACAAAUUUUAAAAAUCCCACACGAUCAUUUGGCACAUUUGCUGAGUGCCUUGGAAUCGGGAUGUCCACCACAUGGUGGUAUUGCCCUGGGCUUGGACCGUUUAAUGGCGAUUAUUUGCCGAAGUGUAUCGAUACGUGAUGUAAUAGCAUUCCCUAAAUCUCUCAAUGGACGUGAUCCGUUAUCUAGUGCGCCAGUACCAAUUUCUGAGGAGGAAAAAACACUGUAUCAUUUGUCAAUUUUGGAGAAUAAUAGUGCAGCAGAGGAGGAAGUUCCUGCCCAGGAAGAUACAGAUCCUGAUGCAGAACGCUCAUCACCUUCACCUGCGGCUAUGGAUGAAGAUCAGCCGACUGCGAACGAAGAAAAAAUGGCGGUCGAUGAACAACCCGCCAGUGAUGAGGUAAAGAUCGAUGAACAACCCGCCAGUGAUGACUUAAAGGUUGAGGAAACAACUGAGGCAAAAAGCCCGCAAAAAGAAGAACCCGUAAAAUCUAAACGUGUUGUUAAGAAGAAGCAAUAAACAAAUAAUAUCACACAUAUGCAUAAAUUUUUUCCCUUAUAAGCGCAGUUUAAACUCCACCAUCAUUAUUGCCAGUUUGAUUAAGAAUUUACACUAUAUUUUAUUAUAUAAAGCAUUAAUUUCGAUGGAUGUGUGAAUUAUUGCCUGUACACACUACAAUAUUGAAGGAAGUAUUUAUUUCUCCUAAUUAUUUUACUUAUUUUUUUAAAUUAAUAUUUAAUUAUGUUCUACAAAAUGUUCACUUGCUCUUAGAAGUGAUUUUAUUAUUUUUUUUUGAAUUGUUGUCUCAAUAAAUUAUCAUCUUUAAACAAUAUACUACAUACAUACAAUAUAUAAAAGUUUUAUUGAUUGAAAAUACAUUCAAAAUUAAUUAUGAAAUGUAAGAA